GUGUGUGUGUGUGUGUGUGUGUGUGUGUGUGUGUGUGUGUGUGUGAGGCAGAGAAAGUAGGUACGGUCAAUAAUGAUAAUAUAUUUAUAUAUGUGUGUCGGCAUUCUAUUUGUCAAUCAUUUUUAAAUAAAAAUCAACAGUCCGAUACACUUGGCAUGUUCUGACUGGAUCCUAACUAGAGUACAUCAUGACCUUAAAUAAUAAAGAAUGUUUAUUAUCCUAGGUAUAGGUAAGAUGCAAGAGCAAUUAUGAGUGUGAUUUGUUAGAAAAGUAGACGCCAUCCGUCUGCUAGUGAGUGAAAUGCUUUGUGAGUGAGAACACAUCCGUUUGGAGGUGAAUGGGCUUGGCUCUGUAUGAGACCACUUUCAUUGUCAUUUUAUUUUCAUUAUAGGCUAUGCCUUAUUUAAUGAAUUAUUUGUGCAGUUGAUUGAGAUAGGCGUACAACAAAUAGCAGUAGCCUAUAACUGGAAUAAACACUAAACAAAAAUAAUAGUAAUGGCUGUAAAACUUGAGCAAUUUCUUUUUUUUUUUACUUGAACCUUUCAUAAAAAUUGUAAUUACGUACAAUCAGCAGAUAUCCACACCUAGCGCACCUAGCAACCUAGCAGCAUGUUUAAAGGACUGAAUUUAGGGUGAGCCGGUUACUCAUGCCUGAAACAUGCGCGUUCUUGUGCGUAAAACAUGUUACAAAUUGGCAUCUGUUGCGUCUGUGUUGCACAACAGAUAUUGUACUGUACUCCAUGUACUCAUUACCGCUGGCCAAGAACUAGUUAUUCAGCUUUCUAAUGAGCACCAUUGUAAUAUAUCUGGACUAUUUGCCUUUUUUUUUUUUUCUAAAGGGAGGGUUUAAAUAGCUGUCUAGAUUACAUCUGGAGUCAUUUCACUUUGCAGUGAGCCUUUGAGAGAGAACCGUAACAGAUGAAGGAUUUGGUCAUUCAACAUGUCAAGCUUUGGCGGCAUGAUAACCAGAAGCUUCACCAGACGGAGGGCUUCGUCGGCGUCAAAGCCCUGGUGGUCCGGAGGGGGAAACCCUUCAGGAUCUCCCUGAAGCUCAAGGAAAGACCCUUCAACCCCAAGACGGACGCCCUGGUCUUCAAGUUCAGCAUCGGUCACCUGUUUGUGAAGCGGUCCGUCACCUUCUCCAAGGUGUCUCCCUGUUCUCGCUGGGGGGCCUGCAUGGACCCCGAGGGUCCGGACCUGCAGUGCCCCUCCAUCCUAAUCUCCACCCCCGCCACCGCCCCCGUUGGCACCUACAGUAUACAGAUGUUUGUCUUCACGCCCAGCAGCCGCAAGACCUACCGUCUGGGCAACUUUACCCUGCUCUGCAACCCCUGGUGCAGCAAAGAUGCAGUGUUUCUCUCGUUCGAGGACCAGAGAGAAGAGUACAUUCAGAACGACUCAGGCUUGUUGUACAUGGGCACGCCUUUGAGCGUUGCUGCCAGGCCCUGGUCCUUCGAUCAGUUUGAGCCAGACAUCUUGGAGGCGUGUCUCAGCCUGCUCCAGGUUAGCCCCCAGCACCUGACGAACCCAGUGAAGGAUUACAAAUCCAGGGCCGACCCUAUCUACAUCAGCAGGGUCGUGUCUGCCAUGAUCAACUCUGAGGACGACCGGGGGGUGCUGAAGGGGAAGUGGUCGGGGGACUUCACGCAGGGCGUUGACCCGUCCACGUGGACCGGCAGUGGGGACAUCCUGACCCAGUGGGCCGAGAGCGGCUUCAGCCCGGUCAUGUACGGCCAAUGCUGGGUGUUUGCUGCCGUCAUGUGCACAGUCAUGCGAGUGCUCGGCAUUCCAUGCCGCGUCGUCACAAACUACAACUCGGCCCACGACACCAACGGCAACCUGGUGAUCGAGGAGUUCUACAACGAGUUGGGGAAGAAACUACCUCACAGCAAGGACAGCAUCUGGAACUUCCAUGUCUGGGUGGAGUGCUGGAUGACCAGGAAGGACCUGGGCUCAGACCUGAACGGCUGGCAGGUGCUCGACCCAACCCCACAGGAGAGGAGUGCAGGGGUGUUCUGCUGCGGUCCGGCUCCGGUCAGGGCUCUCAGGGACCGCCGCAUCGAGCUGCCUUACGACAUCCCGUUCGUGUACGCCGAGGUGAAGGCCAGCGUGCACACGGUGGUGCUGCGGGAGGGCCAGGUCGUCUGCUCCAGCCGGGACACCAAGCGAGUGGGCAGCCUCAUCUGCACCAAGGCCAUAGGUCAUCCCCGGCCCGAAAACAUCACCGGAGACUACAAGCACGUCAAGAGCCCUAAUUCGACGCUGCGAUCAAGGAGGCGACAUAAUUCAGAUGACACAGUGUCCAGCAAUUCUACGUCCCAGGGUGUGUCUGUCACUUUAACCCUGGAGAAAGCUCCAGUUGCCGGGGUGCCCAUCACCUUCAGGGUGACGAUAACCAACAAGGAGACGGUUGCCAAGGAGAUCAUUGAGCAUCUCAAUGCCCAGGCCAAACAAUACAACCACAGUCCCUCAGAUACUUUCUGGGAGGCUGAGAGCGUUGUGAAGCUGGCUCCAUUGGAGGUCAGAGUGGUCAGGCACCAGAUCUCUCCAGUCCAUUAUGAGGAUGUGGUGGGGGAUGACCUGAUCAACCUGGCAGUGGUCCUGGAAGAUCCGUCCAAUCAGCAGCGAGUCCUUGCUUGCGAGGAGUUCAACAUCGAAAGCCCACAGCUGGACGUAGAGAUUAUGAAGGAGGGUGCUGUGAAUCGUGGCACCCAACAGACGGCGGUGGUGAGCUUCACCAACCCCUUCUCUGUGCCUGUCAGCGGGGUGCUGACUAUCCGGGCCGCUGGACUCAAACUGGGCGAGCGGGAGUUCAGGAUACUCAACCUUCCACCAGGGGGCAGAGUACAACAGCCACUGAGCUUCGUGCCUGAGAAGGCAGGAACGAGGAUGAUCCAGGCCAGACUCGACCUCACCAACAGAGCCGUCGUCAGAGGCUACCAGAUGGUCACUGUCAACCGAAAUUGAAAAGUUCCCUUUAGCUGUCUUAGUGUCUUUUUGUGGCAGUGGUAUUUUUUGUGUAAACAUGUCUAAAGUGCGAGUAUUAGGAGUGGCUUGCGUCUGCAAGCACUCUUGUCUGAAAACAUACUUAACAACUUUAUAUCUACCACAAAAUCUAAUGCCAAGCCAGUAGGCGCUUUAGACCGGUUGGUGGACAAUUUCAGGUUGAACAUUUAAAUUAUUUUUAUAUUUUGUAUCUGUGAGAAAUUGUUAUUUUUGUAUAUUUCUAUUAUAUAUGUAUUAAAAAUAUUUCUACAUGAUAACGUAAAAUAUGAUGCAGUUUUUUUAUGUAAAUUAAGUAAAUGUCCUUUCCACCAGAGGGAGCCCUUGCCCAUGUUAAUAUUUCUCAAAUACAGACUAUGUACAUUUCAAGCGUUCUGCUAGUUAUCCUCUGCGU